AUGGGCGACGAAGCUCCUACCUCUGGCCAGGUGGUUAGUCUCGUCGCAAUCUGCUUCCUCCUCGCUCCGCGCCUCUUGCGACUCAUCGGGACUCUAAUCGGAGACAUCGCAAGAUCCUCCAUCCGGGGCCGCGUGCCGCCCGUACACAGAGUAGCUCAUACCCCCCGGGACUGUUCUGUCAUCGUUCCGGUCACGAACCCAGACAGCAUAGACAUCGAGUGCUGUCUCCGUACCAUCUUGAAAAACCAUCCCUUGUAUCUUUAUAUCGUCGCUGUCGGCAAAGAAGAUCGGGAUCGCCUCGAAAGACGCCUGGGGCAUCUACGGAAAGAGUUUCCACUGCAACAUAUCACCGUCGGCGCUGUCACAAGACGCAGCAAACGUCGUCAGAUUGCACACGCCGUCAAGAGCGUCACGACCCGCAUCAGUGUAGUUGUGGACGACAAUGUGAUUUGGCCACCCGGGUUUCUAGGAGGGGCCUUGGGCCCUUUUGAGCAUCCCGUAUUGAACUGCAUUACAGUACCCAAGUGUGUGCGAGCACCUCUCUGUGACUCCUUCUGGACCGGUUGCUGGAAACGGUUAGCCAACUUCCAGUAUGCUUACUUGCAUGUCCAGAAUCGAGUCGCAACCGCUUACGAUUUCUCCGCAAUUCCUUUGGGGUCGACUGUGCUGUAUCGCACUUACGCUCUUGAGCAGGUUUUGGAUGAGUAUGAGACGGAGCACUGCUUCUUUGGAAGAAUCGGCGCACUCACGGCAGAUGAGCACAGCUUCUUUAACCUGUACUUUCUCCAGCAUGACGACCGCUUCAACGUCCCGUUUGCCCCUGGAACGACCACCGAGGUCUGUAUCUACUCCUUCUCUGACUUCAUCGCCGAUUGCGAGCGUCAUAUCAGGAGUACAUGGCGCAUCAGCGCCAACAUGCUCACCUCCCAACAGUGCUUCCGCUAUCCAUGGGGUCUCUACGCAACAUGGCUCUCUGAGCUUGCUUCAUUCACUCUGAUCUGGGAUGCCAUCAUCGUCACCUUGUUUAUGUCUACGUAUUUUUACGCACAGAAUCAUUUCAGCCUUUGCUGGUUUCUCCUAGCUUUGUUUGGCAUGAAGAUGGUGGAGGCGAUCAUAACCAUGAUCCACAUGGACUUUAGAUACUGCGACUUCUUGGGAAUCCUCCCUCUCCUUAUCUUCCUCAUUCCAUGCCACUACUUCUACACCCUCCUCAAGAUCAAGGCCCUCCUCGCGUACCAUCAUAUCGAGCACGCCGAAUACAAAAAGCUUGACAGGGAGCGGAACAAGUCGAACGAGCCAACUUGGCUUGUCAACAGUGACUCCCUGCUUAAGGAGCCCCCGAAGCGUCAGUAUCGUGGAUUGGAGAAUGCUAGUUUUAAUAAAUAG